UUAUAUUUGGAAAAAUUAACGAAUUUCUUUGCGUGCUUUGUUACAAUUCCAAUUGUCUAAGUCUAAUCGUUAAUUCAUAAUCAUCAAUCAACAAUCGUUAGUGUAAUUACGAUUUAAUAAUGAUGAAAUAUUUUCAGACAAGAAAUGGAUAUACAAAGAUAUUGGGACUUAUUAUUUGAUAAUCCAUCAGAUGAGGAUGAUGAUAUUGACUACCUUCCACCUGAACGUGAGUUUCAUCCUAAGGUCCCAGAGUUUUUUGAAACUGUUGUAUUGACAUAUUCUUUAACAGAUUUCAAGUCACAUUUUCGAUUAGAAAAACAUACUUAUGAGAGAUUAGUACAAGAUCUUGGACCUCAAUUAUAUCGUGAGCGUGGUGCUGUAAAAAUGUCUCCUCAUAAGCAAGUAGCUAUUACAUUAUGGUGCCUCGGUAAUCAAGAAGUUUACAGCAGACUCUGUUCAAAAUUUGUUUGGCUAUUUUAUAUAUAAAUGUAUACAUACAUA